AUGGAUAAUGUUCGGGAGAUACAAGCCGCCAGCGGUGAGUGGUUGAAGGACGCCUACACUUUGGGCUCCUGUGGCGCUGUUGAUCAUCUAAGCACCAGCGACGUGUUGAGAAAGAGUAUACGACGCUCCUGGACCAUAUCAAAUCCCGAGGACGAUCCGAACAAUCCGAACGCACAACAACCCGUUGCCGACAAUCUCUAUCCACAGCAGCAACACCUUAUCGAAGCCCAAUCGGCCGGCAGCUAUCCCUCGCUGACGCAUCAUCAGCCUCAGACGCGACAUCAGCACCACAUCAACUACAAUACCGGUAGUGCCAUCGGCAUCAGUGGGAUUGGCACCAGUGUACCCGCCCCCGCGCCCAGCAAGUGGCAAAUAGGCAGACGCGUGCUGCGUCAAUCAACGCUGCCCAGCACGCUGAAUAACGAUCCGAAUCUUAGUGGCAGUGGCGCCAAUUUGGCCAACUAUAAUUCAGUUAAUUUGACAGCACCCACAUCCCCGCAUCAGCUCCAAAAGAGUCCGCUCUAUCCGAGUGCUUACAACAGCGACGACGUCAUCCACAUGAAUACAAGUGAUUGCGACAACUACGUGCAGCAGCAGCAGCAACAACAACCCGUGACCGUACAGGAGCCAAGUGGCAUAGUGACGCCCACGCACCAUCGUUUGCAGGUGCGUCGCCAGUCUACGCUGCCUGCUAAUCCAUGCCAGCCCACACCCUCCAUCUACAUGUCCACCUCGCCGAAUCGCGUGUACAGUCGCUCGCCGGAGCGCUCGCCGGGUGAUCAGCAACGUUAUCCACCCUUCAUGCGCCAGACCUCGUUUCCCUGCACGGACUCACCAGCCAACUAUGGCAGUCCACAGCAGCAGCCACAGCCACUGUCACAUCAUCGCACCAAACUAUUGCCCAGCACCGCCAACCUGCCCUCAAAUCAGUCAGCAGUAGUGCAGCAAUCGAAUCCGGCAGCCCCGCCACUCAACUACGACUCACAGGCCUCGAGCAUGGCCAGCGACGAAAUGGAUUAUGGUCAACAGCCUAUGCCGAAGCCACGCAUGAUGCGUCAAGCCACGCUGCCCAAUCCCGAUCAGCAUGUCAAGCUGUUGCCCACAUCUCCACCCAAGCGGCAGACAUCACCACAAUUUCGGCGCUCGCCCGAGUUCAUGCGCCAGCAGACACUGCCCAAUCCGGAAGCUUUCACGGGCAACACCCUGACCGUGCAUCCGCCACCAGGCCCCAAUGUACCACCCGCCAAAUUCAUGCCUAUCUCACCGCGCAGCAAGCAGAACUUUCUCUUCCCCAGCGUCCAGAAUCCGCGUCAAUUCCUAUCUCAGCAAAAUGUGCCGACUGUGGGCACAGAACUCGGCAGCGGUGGCAGUGUGGCCAGCGGCGCAGGCGAACAAUAUUCCAGCAGCCAGAGCGUAAAUAUUCACUCUCGUGAUCCACACUCCAAGAUGAUCAAAGUGCGCAGUCACAGUAAUGAGGAGUACUCCAAUACCAAGGCACAUGUGCAUGCAGAGAGUCGACGUUUGUUACCCGAAAUACCCACGGGCCAGCGCUCGAUGAGUCGCUCGCCCAGUCGACUGGUGCGUCAGGAUUGCCUCAAGGAUGAUCACGGCUCGCGCACCUUCGGCGAGGCGAAGCAGCAGUUCCAUCAGUUCCCCGACGUCACCGAGGAGCUGGAGAAUCGGCCCGAGUAUGCAGAUUACUUUGGUGAUAGCAGCACCAGUUUCCUGGAAGCCGAAGAAGUCCAGUACGAGAAGAACUACAAUGCUGGCUUUAGCAGUGAGCCGCGCAUCAUCUACAACGAUGGCUCAGACGAAGGUAGCUAUCAGCCGAAUCAACGCCCCAUGGUCUACAGUGCCGAGACUGUGUUGACUGCUGAGGGCAGCUAUGGCGGAGCUGGUGGUGGCGUGGGUGGCUAUUAUCCAGAUAUGGGCACACCACAUGGCAUGCACGGCGGCGCGGCUCUGCCACGGACUCCCCAAAUGCACAAUCGUUUGCGCAGACGACAAUCAAGAGAGUUACAAAUGCAACAGGAAGAGCUCGCCCAAUUGAGUGGCCUAGCCGGUACCCACGAUAUGGGAAACUCCACUCUAGCAGCUCCCAGCGCUCAGGAUAGCAAUACUGAGCAGCAAGAGCGUCGCAAGCCGGAACAAAAAAUGCGCUCCGUAUCCGAGGAUUCGGGCGCCAAAACCGCGCCCAAGCCAGUCACAAGACGCUCCUUCUCACAUCCCGAGAAGGAUACACAGCCACCAAAGAAAAUGGAACCCUCUAAAAUUCCCAGCCCCCGUCCCCUGGCUGACAUUCUAGACAAGACACGUGCUGGGGCCUCCAAAAUUCCACAGCCCCGUCGGCGUAACAGUCGCGCCGGCAUUGGAGAUGACGAAGGUAGCACACACCAACAUCACUACUCCUUCCAUCAACUCCUUAUGCAUAGAAAUUCAGAAUCAAACAUGCGAAUGAACAAAACGCCACUUCCUGUCGCAUCCACAGCCGCUAAGGAUGACGAAGCCCACAAGUCCCAAGAGACGGCUACGGCUGCGAAUGAUGUCAAGGAUGCGGACAAAGACACAAGCGGCGCAGCGACGGGCGCCCACACCAGUACGCUCGGGGAACAGGAGCUGCAGAAUGCAGUGGAAGCGGCAGCCGUUGUCUUCAAGAAGGUUGUCCUGCAGCGGCGCAAGGAAAAGGAAAAGGCUGCCGAAGAGGCUCUGCAGCACGAGCAGCGUCAGCUGGCGGUCAUUAGCGAUGAUGCCAUGGAAACCUCAUCAGAACUGGACUUUAGGGUCACAACAACGGCCCACAACAACAGCACCGGCAACAGCAGCGUCGGUCCGUCUCAGUAUAGUGUUGAAGCUGACGAGUUUAAGCUCGUCUUUCUCAACUCGGAUUCAUCAUCGUCGUGCAAAGAGGAAGAAGAAGAAGAAGAGGAGGAGGAGGAUGAUGAGGGCGAUUAUACCGAUACGGGAUCAAAUUCUUCAUCAACACAACAAUGCCACAGCAUAGUGAGCAAUGUUGAGGACUGCGAUUGGGAUUACUUUGAGCCCUCGAUGAUUGCAACCAGCACCACAACGACUACCACCAUGAUUGCCUAUGCCUCUAAUUCCAAUUCCUCCACGACGCCCACACGUCCGCCUAGCUUGCGUCGGCAAUCACAUCAACGUCAGCGCCAGUCUAGCGAUAGCAACACCAACUCCCCCCUGGACUCGCCUCUGCUGCAACGCCGCCAGCUGCGAAGCUAUUGCUCCCAGAUACGUGAGAGCGACACCGGCACCGAUGAGGAGCUGCUGAUGCAGGGUGGGGAGAGCAGCUCCCAGACCAGCUCCGAUGGCCACUAUGCCAAACAGCAAACAUCAACAACGAGCUCGCAGCUACCAUUGGGCAUCAAGGCGCGGCUCAAGGCGCGUUUCCUGAGUAAGGAGCACCACCACAAGCACUCGGUAAAUCGUUGCAGCUGCAAUGCUCAGCAAUUACAACAGCAACAACAACCACCCCAACAACCACAAUAUGUGCCCAUACCGGUGCCUGUCCCCAUACCAGUGCCGAUGGCCGCCUAUCACAACUGGCAAAUGGACAGCUUCGCCUCGGCCGGCACACCUCUGCACACACUCGAACAGGACGAACAUUUCUGUGCCUCGUUGCAGCAAUUAUGGCAGGCAGCGGCGGUUGCAAGCGGCACACCACAGCAGCAACAACAACAGGCCGCAGUGGCUGCGGCCGCUGUGGUGGCUGCCUACUCAACAGCGGCCAACAAUUACCAGCAGCAAUUCGCCGCGGCCAGCAACAUGUUCGAUCCAACGCCGCCGAGCACAAGUCGAAGUUGCCAACAAUUGCCUACGACGGCUGCGCAGCUGAAUCCGCUCAGUACUCAGCGUCAGCGUUUGGCCGGUUUUAAGUCCUCGGCGCCGGAGCUGAGCGCCUCGCUGGGCUCACUGAUGACGCAGUCGCUCUGCUCGAAUGCCUCAUCAGCGUCGUCGUCCGGUUACAGCAGCCAGGCAGGAGGGGGAAGCGUCGGACAGCAGCCAAGCACAGCCGGCAGCCUGGAAACUUUGGACACGACCAGCUCGACGCGCCGAAUUGGCCAACAGCGGCAACAGCAGCAACAACAGCCAACAACAUUGGCAACAAGUUUAGUAGCAUCGCGUUCGCCGUCGUGUGAACAACAACAAGCGCGUCUCGUCUCGUCGCCGGUCGUCUCUAAUUUAUCGACCGAUGCCGCUACGCCCACAACAACAUUGAGAUUGUGUAAUGCGCGCGAUAAAUGUGAAAAUAACAACAACAACAACAGCAACAAUAACAGCCAUAAUUAUAGAGCUCUAGUCACACAAACGACUGAUAAGCGGGACGCGUUUGCAACUGCAACGGCGGCAACAGCAGAGCUAGAAAAAGCCCACGAAGCUGAGCAAAAUUUCAAAUUAUUGGCAACACACACACGUACAGGUAGACAAACUUACCUGGCAAGUGAACAAAGUGUGGACGCAGCGGCAGUGUCGAGGGGUAGAUCAGUGGAAGUGGAAGUAGACAUAGUCGAAAAAGAAGCAGACGAAGCAAAUAUACAUAAAAAUCAAGUACCAAGCACAGCAACAGCAACAGCAGCAGCAGCAGCAACAACUACAACUACAAUAGCAACCACAGCAGCAGCAACAGCAACAACAACAACCACUUGUAGUGCUCCUGUGCUAAUAACUCGUUUGAGCGUCAGCGUGAGCGCUGAUACCGCAGCCCGCAGCCCGCUGCCCACGCCAAAUGAAGUUGCAGUCGAAAAUGUUGCUGCCAAAACGGCCAGCAGCAGCAAAAGCAACAGCCACAACAUUAACAGCAGUGCCUGCAACAACAGCAACAACACAAAACAAUCGCUAGACAAACGCCCAGAAAAUCAAACAGAACAUGUCACCACAAAAAUAGCGACAAGAGCGACGCCAACGAAAAAUCGAAAUUGUUUAAUUAAAAAUCAAACAGCAACAAAUAUGUCGCUGCCAAGUGCCGACAAUAUUGAGGGUGAGGAGCAGCAACGAUUGCUCGAUGCUGGCUACCUCCGCAGCGAAAGUUAUUGCAGUGCCGAUGAGGCAUCCGCAGCCAGCAGCGAUGAGGAUUUAGGCGGCCAGGGUGCGGCAGGCAAGCCCCGCAUGGCCGUGCAACGCAGCUAUGAUGUGGCAGUGGCCAUGCAAGAACAGCAACACCAACAGCAACAACAAGAGCAGCAACACCACAGCACCACCGAUGAGGCCAGCAGCAAUAAGAGUAGCAGUAGCAGCAGCAGUGCCAGCAGCUCCAGUUCAGAGUCCUGUGACUCCGAUGAUACCGGCACUGUGGCCGAUCGCCGACCCAAGCGUCGUCGCUUCAAUAAGGUGUUCGUUGUUAAUCGGGGUGUGGGUGGUGGUGCGGGUGCACGUGUGCGGCGCCACAGCUCUAGCACCGAAGGGGACUCGCUCUCCUCCUCCUCCGACGCCAAUCUAGAAGAUUCGUCGGACAAUGAUACCGAUACGGAGCGCACAGAUUGCGGCAUAGUGCUAAACUAUGUUAAGCAGUUGAAGGAGGAAGAUGAGGAGUCGAAGGAGGAGGAGGAGAAGAGAGCUGAUGCUGACGCUGACGCUGAGGAUGAUGACGACGAUGAAAGUGAACGCUUGCCGGCCAACUCAAGCGUUGAGCUUGCCAACUGCAUUGUUGUUGUGGGCGGCUGCACCGACAAUGCUGAUGUUGUGGUGCUGCAAGGCAUGCGGGCAUUAAAUGCCGAAGAGGGGAACGAUAUUGGUGGCACACUUGCCAAGAAAGUGCCAGUUGCCGUGCCAGAGCAAUCAGAGCAAUUAAAUGAACUAGAGAACGCAGAUAUGAGCGCCUUGCAGGCCUGCGAUGAGCUCCACAGCAUUUCCAACGAUGUCAAUCGCUUGCUGGCCCUCCAUAAGCAGAAUUCCCAACUGGAACUCAAGCUCCAACAGUUGCGACGUGGUGUGGCCGAAAUCAAUGAGGAUCAUUUGACUGGCACUGGUGUGGCUGCCACCCCCAGCACUAGCAGCAACGAGUGCCCGCAGGUGGUGGCGAAGCCAACUGAGUGCAGCGACAAGUCGACGGACGCCCUCUCUGCGGAUUUGUUGGCAUGCAAGAGUGAGCAGAGCAGUGUGGCAAACACUUCCGAGAAGCACAAACAAAAUUCUAAUGACGACAUACAGCAACGAAAGCCAACACUAAAAGUUUCAGUUAACAAAGAAGAAGAAGAAGAGCAAGAGGAAGAAGCAGCUGAAAAGGUAACCGGCAUUGCUGAUGAUGAAGUUGUUUAUGACGAUUAUUUGCUGCUUAAACAAGCAAACGAAGAGCAGAGCACAACAACAACAAAAACAUCUACCUGUGAGCGGCAGCAGGUAAAAGCAAACAGCGAUAAUAAACUGGCAAUGCGAACAGCUGUGCAAACCAACAAAAACAACAGCAACAACAACAGCAACAGCGUCGGAUAUAAAAACAGCGAAGGGGCCACAACAAGCAGCAGCGAAGCGUGCAAAAUAAACGAGCAACAGCGAAACGACAGCAACAACAGUGCCAGCGUCAGUGAUGUUGAUUACUCGCUAACUUCACUAGCAACAACAGCAACAACAAUAACAGCGAGUAAAGCACCUGAGCAGGUAAACAGCAGCAGCAGAAGCAGCAAGAGCGAUAACACCAAGAGAGACAAACAACAGAGAGAGCAAGAGCCGUCACUGGCACUACCUGUUGCUGCUGUUGUUGUUAUUGCUGCUGCUGGUGCUCAUGGCCAAGCCGACUGCGCAGCCGAAGUGAAGUCGAAGUCACAACAGCAAUGGCCGGCAGUUGAAAAUGAAAUGUUAAACGUUGCGGUUGACGAACAAAACGCGCGCGUAACUAAAACGAAAAACAAUAACAACAACAAAAACAAUACGAACAACAACAAAAGUAACGAUAAUAAUAGUGAACAUUAUGACGAUUUCGCAGCACAAAAGACAAAAACUGAAAACGAUGAAUUUGUUGUUGUUGUAGCCGCUACCACCGCAGCUGGCGAUGAUGACGUAGCAGCGGGCCAUAACUUAAAUGUGAAUGUAAAUGCGAAUUCGAAUGUGUGUGUAGAUACGACGUCGCGUGUGCUUGAAAGUUGUGAAAACACGUUAAAGCCACGGAUGGGUGGCGGCGGGUUGUGCGGGGCGGACAACGAUUACGAUAAAAUAUUUGGGCGAAACGACAAUAAAUACAAAGAAUUGCCAAUGCAAGCUGCAGCAACAACUACUUCUACUAUAUCUGAAGCAAUUGCAACAGCAACAACAUCAACGACAACAACAAAGCAGGCACUACCAAUCACUGCUGCUGCACCUAAAAAUUCGCUUUCAGCCAAAUACCGUAGCCUAAUAAUGAUUACAAAAGACAAUGAAAAUGCAACACCAGCAGCAACAACAACAACAACACCAGCAACUAGAACAACACUUUGUACCGCCGCGACUACAAAAGCCUUGGCUGAUUAUGAAAUAGCCAAUAACAAUAAGUUGCUAAUGCAGAGCCUUAGUCUCUCCAUGCUAGGCGAUGAGUCAUUCCCGUAUAGUGCCAGUCUUGAGGAGCAGCGCGUGACGCCAACACCAUCGCAAGUGAGUGAACGCGAAUCAUCGCGUGAUUCCUACAGCGUGGAUUCACUGAACAACGAACCCUUCAGUCCGAGCACGAAGCUGGUGCUGGACGAUGGCCUUGCCGAUGAUGAUUCCUGGGUGGAGGAGCUCAGCCAGCGUGGCGAUGAAGAUGAUUUGAGUAAUGCCACGACCACGCCCACAGCCACCGAUUCAGAGGAUGCUGAGGGCGAUGGCGACUUGACGCGUGCACUCUAUGCAGAUCGUGAGGAGGAGCUGCGUGGCUAUCAUCGGUCGGCCAUUGAUUUUACGCUGCACACGAUUGUGGAGGAGAGUUGCGAGGAGAGCGAAGUGGCCUCCACUAGAGCUGACAACGAGCUGGAUGCUGAGUGCGACGGAGAGGAGGAGGAGCUGGCAGAGCGAAGACGUCAGCGUACAUUGCAACACCAUCAUCGCCUCUCUGCCUCUGAGCUGGAGAAAUAUUUCUUCUUUGGUCUGGGCGAUGGCAAGGUCAUGAGUUCCAUAGACACCCGUGGCGAUGACACAGCCUCAGAAGUAAGCAGUGAGUGCUCCGAGAGCUUGGACUCAUUGCCGCACGAGGAGCAGUUGCUCGAUGGUGGCAACAGUGCUGCCGACCUGGCUUCCUCACGGCUGGAGAAAUACUUUCUCUCCGGUUUUAUGGGUUUCAGUGGUGGGGAGAAGCAAGCGGCAGACAGCGACGAGAGCGGCGGCAGUGUGGGCAGCGAUAGCGAAGGACAUCCCAGUCCCAGUCAAAGACGCAAGCGCUUAGUGCGAGCUCGCGGCACACCCCGUUCCCACAACUCCUCUCUCGACAACUUGCUGCUAACCGAAACGGCAGCUGGCUCAAAUGAUACGCUAGAUGCAGCGGCCACUGCUGUGGAUGAUACCUCCGAGUCGGAGGCGGGCUGCGACGAUACGGUCAUACAUAUGAUCAGUGCUGGAGAGCGAGCAUCGGAUGGCAGCUCUUCAGACACCAUAAAACGGAAGAAGCAAUUGCGCAAACGCCACGACUCACUCGAUGAGAAGAAGCUGUUGCAUGAGGCAACGACUGGCGAGACCGGCGUAGGUGCCACCGAGUGUCGCACGCCCACACCAGGCGCCAUGGGCAUGGGUGUGGGUGUUGGUGGGGCUGGAAGUGUGGCGCAGGCACAGGCCAAGAAGCAGCAGCAACAUCAUCAUAGUCGAGACAGCGGCUUUGUGGGCAGCAACGAUGACUUACUCAAGAGCCCCGAAUUUGAGGGCAACAAUGCCAGUGGCAGCAAAUCUCCUACACAGGCGCUGGAACAGAUUACCGAGGAUCGCGAGUUGCCGCCAGCGUCGCCAACUGUACUGCUGUUGCCCAAGGAUGAACAAGCCAGCACAUCAGCGGAGGGCGCCACACGUCGGGCGAACGUAACACUAUUGCCUCCCGUAACCAUCAGUUCGAAUCUGGUGCGCAAGGAUAGCUUCAACAAUUGGAGUUCCGAUGAGGAGACCAAUCUCAUGAUGUCCAAAAUGCGGCAGUUCUUCAAAACACUCAUAGUGGCCACAGCGAAUGCGCAACAGCAGAGUUCCAAGCCCCCCACGCCCAAUCAAACCACGCCCACAGCCACUACACAGAGCACACCCAGCUCCAUGCGUCGCAUGACACGCAACCGACCCGCACAGCUGGUCUAUUUUGAGAACGAACUGACGCGUCUGAUGAAAACGGUGCCCGGCAUUAAUGACGACCAAGUGCGUGAGAUAGUCGAGUAUCUGAGCAGCGAGGAUACCUGGUCGGAUUCCUACGAUUCCUCCGAUUAUACCAGCUCGGAUCCAGAGGGCGAGCACAAGGGUCAACUGAAGGCGCAAAUUUCGGCGAGCUGUCAACAAAUUAUCAACAAGUUCGAGGUGGAUGAGGAGGGAGUGCGAGGCGAUGGUGGACUGUUGGAUGAAACGCAUGCUUUGCAUGGACUACACGGCGAGACGGCACUGGUCUAUCAGAAGCUAGUCGCCUCCUUUUCAAAAGUGGCCGUGGGCCAUGUCGAAAUGGUACCUGAUGUGCAAACAGCGCCUGAGAAGGGCCCCGAGGACCAGGAUCAGGCAUCAACAGGUAGCUCUCGUUCACCACAACUCUUCGCCAAGGUUAUGCAGCACAUUGGCACACGAUUGGUGGCUCUGAUGCACGAGGUGAGCAGCGGCAAUGAGACGCCAACGCCAGCACCCAGACAACAGCCACAUCAUUACCACCACCAUCAUCAUCAUCACAAGCAGCGGUUGCAGGCCAAAAUCUCGGCCACCACCACGGAAGAUGAAGAGGAGGAGGAGGAGCAACAGCAGCUAAAAGAUAAACCGGAGCAAGUCAAGUCCCUGGCCAUCAAGCCAGCUUCACAUCACACGGCUUAUCAGCAAUUGAAGCUGCGCAGCAAGUCACACGAUUUGCUCCUGGACGGCACACCCGCCAAUGCACAUCCGCCCGCUUCCAACGCCAGCUCAUCUGCAGGUGGCGUCAGCCAACGUCCGCACCACCAUCAGUCGAGCAGCGGUGUGAGCGACACCGCUGGCGAGGAAUGCGGCAUGGCGAGCGAUUAUGAGCGCUUCUCUUGGCGCGGCAGUUUUGAAUCGGCAUUACUGGCUAAUGGCGACUCCAGAACGAAGCUCAGUCAACUAGAUCGGGACAAUUCAUCAUCUGCGUCCGCUUUGGCAGUAGCAAAGCGCCGAUCGGCAGGCGAUUUAUUGUUCAACCAUCAGAGCUUAAGUCGCGAGCAAUUGGAUCGCGUGCGCUCCUGUGGCAGCAUUGGCGGUGGCGACGCCCAUCAUCAUCAGCUCGAGGCAGCCCCCGCCAAGCCCUGGCUAUCCUCUUCUGUCUCCUCCUGCAACGACUCCGCCAAGGAUGUGCGACGCUCCAGCGUGCCCGACGCCAUCUACGAGACGGACUCCAGCGAUGAGGGUGGUACACCACAAUUUGCCGGCAACCGUUCCACCUUGCCACGCAGCCUAAACGGCGCUCAGGUAGCCAGCACUAACUCGUUACCCCGUCUUCCUACCACCUCGACGGGUGUGGCCAUUACCAGCACACCCAUGACCAAGUCGCAGAAUGCGCUCAAUUACACACCAUCCUCUACAGCGUCGACGGGCAGUGCCAAAAGUGCACGCUAUCGUUCGCCCGGCCUGGCGGCACGUGCCGCAGCCGCCUCCGCAAGUGGCAGCGGUGGCUCUGCUGCCGGUGCCACAUCAGUCAGCGGUGGUGGCAAGAAACUGGGCGGCGGUCUACAACAGUUCCUCUACUCGAAGCGCGACGCUCGCAAGCGUUUGAAUAUGUCAGCGGAAGAGGCCAAGGUAGCGGCCGAGGAGCUGAGUCGUUCACCUGUGAUGGGGCAGCGAAAUGAUGCCGCCGGCAGUCCAAUACAGUCGCGCGCCUCCAGCGAGGCGUGGCCGGCACAAUCGGAUGAGGAUAUUGAUCGUCUGGUGGCUAUGCAUCAAAAUCGUAGCAGUCUUAGCUCCCUGGGUCUACGUUCCGAGUCCAUGGCCAGCGUUUAUUCCGGCGCCGGCGAGGGCCGCUACGGCACUGUCGUGGUCAAGGGUCAGGUGGAGUUUGCCAUGCAGUACAAUUAUAAGCUAGGCGCCUUGGAGAUACACGUGGUGCGCUGCAAGGAUCUGGCUGCUGUCGAUGCCAAACGCAAUCGCAGCGAUCCGUAUGUCAAGGUCUAUUUGUUGCCCGACAAGUCGAAGGCUGGCAAGCGGAAAACCAAAGUCAAGAAACAUACGCUCAAUCCCAUUUUUGACGAAACAUUACGUUUCCACACCCCAGUUUCCAGUCUGGAGGCCCGCACCUUGUGGCUGACCGUUUGGCACUCGGAUAUGUUCGGACGCAACGACUUCCUGGGCGAAGUAAGCGUCAAUUUGCAGGGACGGGUCUUUGACAAUCCCCAAUCGCAGUGGUAUCUGCUCCAAGAACGCAGCGAACCUUUCGAUGAAGUCGCCACCUAUCGCGGCGAUAUUGUGGUGGGCCUGAAAUAUGUGCCUGCCGAGAACCUCAAAUCUUCCAUAUUCUCCCGUGGCUCCUCCUUAACCGGCAGUAGCUCCAAUUUGCGUAAAUUCGGGGGCAGCAUCAAAUCGGUCACCUCCAAGUCGGAUCGCAGUGCCAAGGGCGGCCAGCUGCAUGUGCUGGUCAAGGAGGCCAAGCACUUGAGCCCCAUUAAGACCAACGGCACCUGUGAUGCCUUCUGCAAGAGUUACUUGCUGCCUGAUCGAACGCGCAGCUCGAAACAAAAAACGCCAGUUGUGAAACGCACUCUGCAUCCUACAUGGAACUAUGCAUUUGUCUAUGAGGAUGUCUCGCUGGAGGACUUGUCGGAGCGCGCCUUGGAGCUGACCGUAUGGGAUCAUGAUCGCUUGGCCAGCAAUGAAUUCAUUGGCGGCAUUCGUUUCUCGCUGGGCACGGGCAAAAGCUACGGCCGUCAAGUGGAAUGGAUGGAUGCUACCGGCAAGGAGCUGUCGCUCUGGCAGAACAUGCUCGAUCGUCCCAACUUCUGGGUGGAGGGCAGUCUGGUAUUGCGCUCGAGCCUGGAUGGAAUACGCGCGUUGCCAUAAGCAGGUCCACAGACAUUCGCAAACAGACUCCGCUUCUUACAAGCAAAUGCUAAUUAAAUGCUUGGCUACAGAACAAUAUUAUUACAGUUGCCGUUGCACAGAGCUGCACCCUGUAUUGUAUUUGUAUUAAUUAAAGAGGAACAAUUAUUGUAUUAUUGAUGACGAUGCUGAUAUUAGUCUAGGACGAGCAUGGCUACGCUUGCCAAGAAUUGAAGCAGACACUCACAGUUCGAAUCAAUUUGCAGCAACAGCAGAAAUAGACAUUGUGUUGAUUUUUAGCGUUAAUUGCAAUAGCAAAGCAUACAUGUUUAAUUAUACAAUUGUAAUUGUUUAAAACGGCACCUUUGGAAGAUAGCGCGUUUCAAGUUAUUGUUAUAUACACACAGCAUACACACAUACGUAGUGACCGGGGCGUUUGUGUUCGACGCCCCUCCCCCCUUAGAGCGAUUUUCAAAUACUCGAAUAUAUUGUAUUGACGAUGACGUUGCAAGUUCUUAAAUCUAAUCUAAGCAGCACUGCGUUCAAAAAACAAAAGCAAACAAAACAAAAACAAAAUUAUUUACUAACGAUAAAGAAAAGAAAACUGAAAAACAAACAAACAAAAUCGUAAAAAUGUUAUCAAAUUUGUAGGCACUAAGAGGGCUAUAUGAUAUAUGCCAUAAAUUGUAAGUUGUGCGAAUUGCGAAUUGCGAAUUGCUCAUAAUGAUAAUGAUGAUGAUAAUACUAUACUGAUGACGAUGAUAAGGAAGAGCAGUCGAAGCUGCCUAGUGCUUAUAAUUAUUUUUUUCUACCGAGAACUUGCAAUUUGCAUAUUGUAUGCAUUAAACUAUGAUGUAUCUAUAACUAAACCGAUAUAAUAAACUAAGCUGCUAGACAUACAUUUGUAAACUUGGCCAUGGCCAAAUAAGUUGAUGAAAACAAAUAAAUAAACACAUAAACAUAAAUAACCGAAAAAUACAAAAGUAUCCAUUUUUAUAAA